GGGCAGGGGCCGGGCGGGCUCCGCUCCGCGCAGCGCCGGCAGGUACCGGGUCCGCGUCCGCUCCCGCUCGAGGCCGGUCCUGAUACUGCACGCAGAACCCAGCGGCGUUCCCUGCUGAGGCCACCUCGGCGAGCCGUGCCACCGCCUCGCGUUCCUCCCUCAGCCACGGGCAUCCUGAGGCGCUCGGUGUCCCCCGUUUGGAGGAGCCAAGGGUCCUGCAGGCCCUUUUGCCGUUGGCCUGCUUUCCCUGCUGUCAACCCCUUGGUUAAUGAGUGACUCAGGUCCUUGGGGCCGGCCCAGCGUGGCCUACAGCCUCCUGUGUGCAGGGAGGAAGAGCCAAAGUCCGGGAUCUCUGAUGGAGCAAGGGUUUCCAAAGGGCGUAUUUAUCUUUCUGAGCGCUGCCUGAGUGUCGCUUAAUCAUUAAGCAUCUGAUUUCCUCCAAGUUAUCUGUCAUGCUGCUUGCGAUCUAGCGCCCAGCAGGGAGGGACGUGGAGCGUUUUGGCCAUGGCCCCGAGGAAGAGGAGCGGUCGGGGGAUCUCCUUCAUCUUCUGCUGCUUUCGUAGCAGCGACCACCCCGAGAUCACAUACCGGCUGCGCAAUGACAGCAGCUUCGCCCUGCAGACCAUGGAGCCCGCGCUGCCCAUGCCGCCGGUGGAGGAGCUGGAUGUCAUGUUCACCGAACUGGUGGAUGAACUUGACCUCACGGACAAGCACAGAGAAGCUAUGUUUGCCCUGCCGGCAGAGAAGAAGUGGCAGAUCUACUGCAGCAAGAAAAAAGAUCAGGAAGAAAAUAAAGGGGCCACAAGCUGGCCUGAGUUCUACAUCGAUCAGCUGAACUCAAUGGCUGCUAGGAAAUCACUGAUUGCUUUGGAAAAAGAAGAAGAGGAGGAGAGAAAUAAAACAAUAGAAAGUUUGAAGACUGCACUGAGGACGAAACCAAUGAGGUUUGUAACCCGAUUCAUCGACCUGGAUGGCUUGUCAUGUAUUCUGAACUUUCUCAAAAGCAUGGACUAUGAGACAGCAGAGUCUCGAAUACAUACCUCGCUCAUUGGAUGUAUAAAAGCACUAAUGAACAACUCCCUGGGCCGGGCUCACGUCCUGGCCCAUUCGGAGAGCAUUAACGUAAUCGCUCAGAGUCUGAGCACAGAGAAUAUUAAGACAAAGGUGGCAGUGCUGGAAAUCAUGGGCGCUGUGUGCCUGGUUCCUGGUGGCCACAAGAAGGUACUGGAGGCUAUGCUGCACUACCAGAAAUACGCCAGCGAACGGACUCGUUUUCAGACGCUGAUCAAUGACCUGGACAAGAGCACAGGACGGUAUCGGGAUGAAGUAAGCCUCAAGACAGCGAUCAUGUCCUUCAUCAACGCCGUCCUGAGCCAGGGGGCAGGCGUGGAAAGCCUGGAUUUCAGACUCCACCUGAGAUAUGAGUUUCUCAUGCUUGGAAUCCAGCCAGUCAUUGACAAACUAAGAGAGCACGAAAACUCAACCCUAGACCGGCAUUUAGAUUUUUUUGAAAUGCUUAGAAAUGAGGAUGAACUGGAAUUUGCCAAAAGAUUUGAGCUGGUUCACAUAGACACCAAAAGUGCAACUCAGAUGUUUGAGCUGACGAGGAAGAGGCUGACUCACACAGAGGCGUACCCGCACUUUAUGUCCAUCCUGCACCACUGUCUCCAAAUGCCUUAUAAAAGAAGCGGCAACACUGUCCAGUACUGGCUGCUGCUGGACAGGAUCAUACAGCAGAUCGUCAUUCAGAGUGACAAAGGGCAGGACCCCGACGCCACUCCCCUGGAAAACUUCAAUAUCAAAAACGUUGUCCGAAUGUUAGUCAACGAAAAUGAAGUUAAACAGUGGAAAGAGCAAGCGGAAAAAAUGCGGAAAGAGCACACCGAGCUUCAGCAGAAGUUGGAGAAGAAGGAGCGGGAGUGUGAUGCGAAGGCCCAGGAGAAGGAAGAAAUGAUGCAGACGCUGAACAAGAUGAAGGAGAAGCUGGAGAAGGAGUCCAGCGAGCACAAACAGGUCAAGCAGCAGGUGGCAGAUCUCACGGCGCAGCUCCACGAGAUGAGCAGGAGGGCGAUCUGUGCUGCCGGCCCUGGAGGACCUCCUUUGCCACCAGGAGCUCCUGGUGGCCCUUUACCUUCUCCAGCUCCAGGAUCCCUCCUUCCCCCUCCACCUCCACCCCCACCCCCAGGGGGAUGUCCCCCACCGCCACCGCCACCCCCACCUCCUCCAGGUGGCCCCCCGCCACCUCCUGGUCCCCCACCCCUGGAUGGGGUGAUGCCCCCUCCAGGAGCACCACUGGGCUUUGCCCUCAAGAAGAAGAGCAUCCCACAGCCGACAAAUGCCCUCAAGUCCUUCAACUGGUCCAAGCUGCCUGAGAACAAGCUGGCAGGCACUGUGUGGACCGAUAUAGAUGAUGCAAAAGUGUUUAAAAUCCUGGAUCUCGAAGACCUGGAAAGGACAUUCUCUGCCUACCAAAGACAGCAGGACUUCUUUGUGAGCAGUAACUCCCGGCAGAAGGAAGAUGCUAUUGACGACACGUUGAGUUCCCGGCACAAAGUUAAGGAGCUCUCAGUCAUAGAUGGCCGGAGAGCUCAGAACUGCAACAUCCUUCUGUCCAGGCUGAAGCUCUCAAAUGAGGAGAUCAAACGAGCCAUUUUGACGAUGGAUGAGCAGGAGGACCUCCCGAAAGACAUGUUGGAGCAGCUCCUGAAGUUUGUUCCAGAAAAGGGUGACAUUGACCUGCUGGAAGAACAUAAGCAUGAACUGGAUCGCAUGGCCAAGGCUGACCGGUUUCUCUUUGAAAUGAGCAGGAUAAACCAUUAUCAGCAAAGGCUGCAGUCCCUCUACUUCAAGAAGAAGUUUGCAGAGAGAGUUGCAGAAGUCAAACCCAAGGUGGAAGCCAUCCGUGCAGGCUCCAAGGCGGUGCUGCAGAGCAGCAGCCUGCAGCAGCUGCUGGAGGUGGUCCUGGCCUUCGGGAACUACAUGAACAAAGGACAGAGGGGAAACGCCUUCGGGUUUAAGAUCUCCAGCCUGAACAAGAUCGCGGACACAAAGUCCAGCAUUGACAAGAACAUUACUCUUCUGCACUAUCUCAUCACUAUUGUUGAAAAGAAAUAUCCCAAAGUCCUCCGCCUGCAUGAGGAGCUGAGAGACAUCCCACAGGCAGCCAAAGUCAACAUGACUGAGCUGGAGAAAGAAGUAAACACACUGAGGAGCGGCCUCAGAGCGGUGGAGACUGAGCUGGACUUCCAGAAGUCUCAAGUUCAGCAAACAGGAGACAAGUUUGUGUCUGUUGUCAGCCAGUUCAUCACACUAGCCAGCUUCAGCUUCUCAGAUGUUGAAGAUCUUCUGGCAGAAGCAAAAGAACUGUUUUCCAAGGCUGUGAAACACUUUGGAGAAGACACAGACAAAAUGCAGCCCGAUGAGUUCUUCGGUAUCUUCGAUCAGUUCCUUCAGGCUGUGACGGAGGCCAAGCAGGAGAACGAGAACAUGAGGAGAAGGAAGGAGGAGGAGGAGCGCCGGGCACGCAUGGAGGCACAGCUGAAGGAGCAGCGGGAACGGGAGCGCAAGGCGAGGAAGGCGAAGGAGAGCGGUGAGGAAGGCGGUGAGUUCGACGACCUUGUCUCAGCCCUGCGCUCGGGUGAGGUCUUUGACAAGGACCUCUCCAAGCUGAAGCGCAACCGCAAGCGCAUCGCCAACCAGCUGGCUGACAGUGGCCGCGAGCGGCCCAUCACCAAGCUUAACUUCUGAGCAGUGAAACAGAAGGACUACGGCGAAAACCUCGAGUUUUGAAACCCGGUUAGUGGUCUUUUUUUGAAGUGGCUAGGAUUUUUUUUUCAUUAUACUGCCUUGUGAUUCCAAGCGAAACAGUGGCACGUUCUUUCUCCCCGUGGGCGAGCGCGUGUGGUUAUGCCAUGAGCAUGGCCGGGCCGGGUGGAGCUGUGCGUCCUGUGGGUGCUCAUCCCCCCCCUCCGUCCCCUUGACAAGUGGCUCUCCCGAUGCACAAGCACAAUGUCAUGUCCAUGGAGAAAGAGAGGACUUGGGCGCAGAGACAUGAUCCACAUUGGUGAUGGAGAGCUGCUCGGCAUUGCUCUCCUGACCCUGGGCGCUGCACAGGGCCAUUUGCUGGAACACAAAAGAGUAAAGAGGAGAAAACCUAGUGGACUGAACUUGAUGCGUUCUUUUCGUUGUCAUGGUUUUUCCCCAAACAUGCACUUGUGUGCUGGUCCCCAAGCUCGGUGCCACAAGCACUCCCAGCGAUGCUCUUCUUCCCAUUGUUUUUGGGAAAUGCUCUUUUUUUCCUCUUGCCUUGCUAAGGGAAGAGUUUACCCGAGUGUGCUUCUUGCUCACGCGGCACCCAGAUGUAUUUAUACUUUUAUAACGCUUCCUGGCCCAAGGCGACGGGAAGGGUCGGUUCUCGGAGGCGACGAAGGGCAUAAACUUUCGUGUUGUAAUUUUUAUUCUCGCUUUCUGUUCAAUGGGACAAACUGUAUCCUCCGUAGAUGUCGGUCUGGACAGAAGGUCACUCGGUGUGCAGCGGGGCCAAGGCCAAACCUGCACCCACCUUCUUGUCCUGUUUGGGUUUGUUGUUUUUUCUUUUAAUGGGCACGCAGAAGCAACGACGCCACGAAGUGCUGUCUGUUAGCAAUGCUUUGCUGUUCUACCACGUCCUUGCCAAUUUUUAAGCAGAACUACCUGUAAAAUGUCGGUCCGGAUGAAAAAAGAAAAAAAGAAAAAAAAGAAAAAAGGAAAAGAAAAAAAAAAGAAUAAAAAGAAUUCAGAGCUCUCAGGGAGUAAUAAUUUAAAGGUUUAGAAAAUUAAAAAAUUGGAGAAUAAAAAGUAAACACAUUAACAUUUCUAUUCUUAAAUUAUGCUGAGUAUAUAGAGGACUGUUACUUUUUGCUCUUAUUUAUUUGUGGUAUGUUUUAUAAGGAAAGGAGACGAAACCUUUUGAUACCACGGAUACUUUUGUGAUCUUUUAUUUGUUCGUUUGUUCUGUUUCCUGUGGAGAGAUGAGUUUGUCCCUGUUGCACUACAUACGAACACUAUUUGAACUAAGGUUGGUUGUUUUUUUUUCUUCUUGGUCAGAUGAAUUGGUAUUGCUGAUGGGGUGUGGGAUGUCACUUACCAAUAUGUACUGUAUAGCAGAAGUGCUGUUUAAACUGAUUUGUAUAAAGAUAUGGUUCUAAGCACCUGAAGGCCGCCGGGUCUGCGUGCUGUGUGAAAGCUGUGAAAUAUCACUCUGAACGGAGUCGUCAAGAGCUGUGGUUUUACCAUUUUGUUCUUUUCUUCAUUGCAACUUUGGACGCACUGUAGAUUUAAAAAAAAAAAAAAAAGAAAAAAAAAAAGACUUUCCAAGUAGCAUAAAGCAGGUAAGCGCCAAAUGAGAGUCCAGCACCUCGUAUCCAAGCAGCUGUGCAACCUGCGGGUUCUGUUCAUAGGUGGAGUCGAGCACUUUGCUUUCAGAAGGAGAGGGAAAUAAAGACAAAAAAGUACUGAUAAUACUAUUCCUUAACUAAAGUGCCUCUGUUUAUAUUUUUUAUUUAUGGCUGGAAAAAAAAAAAAAGAAAAGCAAACAAUGGGGCUGAUACAAUUGAGGGAACGGACUUCGGGGGGGUGGGAUUUAAAAACAAAAAAAAAGAAAAAGAUAAAAAAAGGUUGAAAAUAGAAACCUAUGGCCUCUGAUGGUUUAAGGAAUGGUUGCUCACGUCGGAUCUGCACAGCAGUUGGAUGGGAAGGGGCGGCCACCUGCGGGGCCCCGGUGCCACAUCAGGUCCUUUCCUGCCAGAUUCCCUCCUGCCUUCCCAGACCUGGUUUUUGUUGUUUGGUUUUACGGCAGCCUCGUGGUUGGGCUGAGUUUUUGCCAUGUCUUUGUUUUUCUUUUCCCUCCCAGAAAAGAACAAAAGAUCUCUAUAUAAAUAACUGCAAAGGCUGUGUGCAGGUAAUUCCACGUGCCAUUGUCGAAAACUACUUUUAGAUCGGUGCUGGUGUAAGUAGCCACUCUUUUCUCUUGGCUGUGUAUUUUAAAGACAGUUUGGUUUGGUUUGUUUUUUUUUUAAUAAUGCCAAAAAAAGGAAAAAAAAAAAUCCAUAACAAUUUGUAAACUGAAGUAUAUGUCUUGGACUUUAUUAGCUUCGUAGUGACCAAGGUAGUGUGUUAGGUGCAAGAAUGUUAUUAGUCGUAGCUAGCAGGAAAUGCUGUGUAAUGUCAUGAGACUGUACAUUUUCUAAGAUGGCAAUAUGCAAUAAAGAAAAGCGAUUCCGGUGAGUGUGCA